GUUUCCCCUCAGUGGCCUCUGAUGUAAACAGGAAGAGUGGCAGAGGGGUUUAGGGACUCGCGCGCUAGCUGAUGGAGAUUGUGGCUAGAGUUAAACACAGGGGGCUUUAACAUCCCAUAAUAUUACCCAGACACCCGACUGAGAUGGACGACAUCAAUUUACACUACAGGAUCCUCAACUGGAGGCGCAGGAUCAGAGAAAUCAGGGAAGUGCGUGCCGUCCGCUAUCAGGAGCGUUACAAACGCAUGCUGAAGGACGGAGACACUUUGAGUUACCAAGGGAACUCGGAUGAAGUUGGCUGCUAUGUGGCUCCACGGCCUUUAUCAAAAGGAAACUGUUACUUUGAGGUGACUAUAAUGGACACGGGUGUCCGAGGGACGAUCGCUGUGGGUCUGGUUCCUCAGUUCUACAAGCUGGAUCAUCAGCCCGGCUGGCUGCCACACUCCAUCGCUUACCAUGCUGACGAUGGGAAACUGUAUAAUGGCAACCCUGUCGGCCAGCAGUUCGGCCCCAAGUGCAACCGUGGCGAUCGGAUAGGCUGCGGGAUCCACGCAGACGCUUUCGACGCCGGACUCACCACUGUGUUUUUCACCAAGAACGGCAAAGAGGUGGGCUCGGUGGUGGUGCCCGUGGCUCCAGGCGGCUUUUUCCCUGCCAUCGGCAUGCAUUCUCUGGGGGAGGAAGUGCGUCUGAACCUGCAGGCCGAGUGGGGCACGGAGGAGGAGGACAGCAUCAUGAUGGUGGACAGCCACGAGGACGAAUGGGGACGCCUUUAUGACGUGAAAGUCAGCGGAACGCUGCUGGAGUAUGUAGGAAAGGGAAAGAGCAUCAUGGACGUGGGACUCGCCCAGGCUCGCCAGCCACUCUGCACACGGAGCCACUACUUCGAGGUGGAGAUAGUGGACCCUGGAGAGAAGUGCUACAUUGCAUUGGGCCUCGCUCGAAGAGACUAUCCUAAGAACAGACAUCCAGGCUGGAGCCGAGGCUCAGUGGCGUAUCACGCAGAUGAUGGGAAGAUCUUCCAUGGCAGUGGAGUUGGAGAUCCAUUUGGUCCACGGUGUUUUGAAGGGGACAUCAUGGGCUGUGGGAUCAUGUUCCCUCGUGAUUAUGAAGAUGAGGUUGAUGAUGGAGAGGACCUAGCCGAGAAUCCCAAGCAAAACCGCGUCCAGAACGUCCUGUACCUGAACGAUGAGGACGAGGAGGACGAAGGAGACGACGCAGAGCAAGCGCAGGAAGGCAGGAAGGUUAUGGUGUUCUUCACCCGCAACGGGAAGAUCAUUGGGAGGAGGGAGGUGGUGGUGCCGGCUGGAGGAUUCUACCCCACCGUUGGCAUGCUGAGCAGCGGUGAGAAGGUGAAGGUGGAUCUCCACCCUCUCAGCGGCUGAUGGACGGAGGCUACAGCCAAUCCCGCGUCAGCGGUUCAACUGUGAGCUCGUAGCAAGAUCGACAGUUAAAAAGGGAAUCAGGGAAUAUUUAAGUCUGCUAACUGAUUGAUUGGGUGUGUUUUGAUUUUUUUUUUAUUAUUAUUAUUCAUGGGUGCACACUGUGGAAAUAAUAGCUGAAAGUUUGUUUGUUUGUUUGUUUUUCUUCAUAUUAAUUGCCAUGGAACCAAAAACAGCAGUGUAUGAUUUUCACUCGUGCUGGAAUAACGACGCAUACCUUACUGUCUUUAGGUCUUUCUGUCCUUCAGGGGUCGAGCUGUAUUCUCUUUAUACGGUUUUGUCGACGGUUCCAUAUGUAACCAUGUUGAACGGCUGUAUUCAGAGUUGAGGUGUGUGUGUGCGUGUGUGUGUGUGUGGUAAGAAAUCACUUAAGGGCUACUCAGACGGUUACAUUAUUAUGUAUUAAAUAGCAGCUAUUCACAAUCUGCACUAAAGGGCUUUUCUCUUAGCUGCAAGUCCAGCUAUAUUUUAUGACACAUUUUUGUCAAUAAUUAGAUAUUAUAUUAUAUAAACAUUAUAUCUUUGAGAAGUAAUAAAAAAAAUAAAUAAUGACAAUGUUAUUUGAGGCCAGUAUUGGAUGUCGGAAUCCUAAAUAUAGAUCUGUUCCCAAAAAAAGAGAAAAGAAUAAUGAAUAAAGUACUUAGUGUUGAAAUCAGGGGUGGACAAAUUUAUAGAUCAUAAACUCUAUAACCCGUCCAGGAAGUAAAAUAUCUUGAGUGCUGUCUAGUACCAAUUUGAAUUGACUAGGCGAAAAAGUGCCAAGCUAGUUGGUUAGUUAGAGUGCAUUAAUUUUAGACACAAAUGAGUAUAAAAUUCCCUGCGUAGGGAAUGACGUCAUAUCGGUGCCCUUGACAAAAAGUCCGCAAGUUGUUGGCUAAUGGUUCGGCUAUUAGCCGGGACGUUUUUUCCAAAACGUUACCUGUGAGGUGCGGAGUUGCACAUGCCUCUUUUCCACCAAAUCAGUUCCAGGGCUGAUUCGGGGCUGGUGCUGGUUCACAACUCAUUCAACUUGCGAGCCAGCUGAGAACCAGUUUGCUUUUCCAUAGCUCGCGGUGCUAAGGGAAGCCGCGUCGUUGUAUAUGUCAGUUACAUCACUACGUUUGCAUAAACCUUGGCGCGAAUAUCGAAGCAAAAACAACACGGAAGAAGCAGCAGCAACAACAAUAAUAAUAAUAAUGGAUGACUUCGCGUUUGUACAGCUGCUGCUUCUCGACGCUUAAAAAUGGCGACCUUUCGCGGUCUUGUUAUUGUUGUUGGUCUUAACAACUCCGCCCCCCCGCUGACUUAAGCGGUUCUUUCCUCUGGCCCAGCAGAGAGUUGGUGCUAGCCUGGAACCGGUUUUUCUGGCCCCAGAGCCAGUUCUUUGUCAGUGGAAACAGAAAACCCGGUUCCAAACUAAGCACUGGCCCCGAACCAGCCCUGGAACUGCUUUGGUGGAAAAGGGGCAACAGAAACCCUCCUUUCACCUUAGCAAGAAACAAGUCACUCGCAUCACUUGUUGUGGGCGUGCACUGUUUGUUUUUUGCUCUGAUGAGAAACUGUAAUUGCUCUAAAUAUAUCGCUUCUAAAGCUAGCUAGUUACACACACAUGCUAAUUAUUCACUAAUCCGAGUCGGUUUCCAUUGACUUAGCAAGCUACCUCUGUUAGCUCCUCGCACUCACCAGAGGCACCAACCAUCACUUCAUUUCGAGGUUGGUUUUGCUCUGAAAUGCGUAUUUGAGACCUGAGAGGUCAUAUAACCAGUAAAAGGUUAGUGAUGGCAGGUUGGAACGAUGGAACUUGUGAGGCAGGAAUAAUUUAAACUCGUACAUCGCAUCUAGUUUACAUAGAAUAGAGAAAAUGUCAAUUCAGUUUUCAGCCGCGUCACUUUGUCGAUUUGCCGUCGUCACUGAAACCGUAGCUCUGUGUCCGGUACGUUUUAUAGAAAACAGUCGAUCACCGGUUGCUUUCUAGUGUGAAUGAAAGGGUUAAAAGGUUGUAGGUUAUUCAUGCGCGGUGAUUAAAGUGCCAUUCCACCAUUGGAUGUAUUUUUUGGCAUAAAAUACAAUAUAUUUU